UUCAUUUGUUGAGUUUUCGUAAAUAUUUUGUUUGGGAUGGACGAGAGAUUUGUGAAUAUCAUUAUUUAAUGUGCAUUUAUUGUAUAGAUAGUGCUGUGUACAAAAUAUUUAUGAGAACUGAAUAUUUUAUUUAAUUUCUAUUAUGUUUGGGUUAACAUAAUUUGCAAAUUAAAUUUAAAUUGAAUAGAAGUGGCACAAUAUUUAAUCGUAACGUGAAGUAUACACAAUGGUGUCCUACCAGGUAAGAAGCGGCCUACUGAUGGGCUUCGGCUCAUUCACCGUGGUGGCAGGCGCUAUCUUGGUGGUCUUUUGGCCGUCCAUGUUCUUUGCACAGUUGAGAAGAAUGAUGACCCUAUCCCCAACAUCCACAUCCUUCGACAUAUGGCGGGAGGUGCCCAUACCUAUGUACCUAGAGUGUUUCAUGUUCAACAUAACGAAUGUUGACGACAUUUUGGCGGGAAAAAACGUGCCCAUUCACGUGGAACAAAUGGGCCCCUACGUGUUCAGAGAGUACCAUUUAAAGGAGAACAUCUCGUGGUACGACAACAGUACGGUGUCGUACUACAACAAGCGCUCGUGGCAGUUCCAACCGGAGAUGUCCAACGGCAGCCUUUCCGACCUAGUCACCAGCAUCAACCCCAUUGUUGCGACGGUGUCCUACAUAUUACGUCACCAACAUGCCGUCCUGAGAGUGGCCGUGGAGGUGUUCAUGCGGAUGUACCACGAGAACAUGUUCAUGACAGCCAACGUGACGUCAUGGCUGUUCGACGGCAUAGAGGACCCCGUGCUGGACAUCGCCCAACGCUUCCCGGACCUGCCCUUCAAAAUACCGUACGAUAAGUUUGGAUGGUUCUAUGAGCGCAACAAUUCCUUGGAGUAUGACGGCAUCUUCCUUAUGAACACGGGCGCCGCCGACUUCUCGCAGCUCGGCAACGUGGAGAAGUGGAAAUUCUCCAACCGUACGGUUUUCCGCGACGAGUGCGGGGAGGUGCGUGGCUCCACCGGCGAGCUGUGGGCGCCGGAGCUGGGGCAGCCCGAGGUCACGAUAUUCGCACCUGACAUCUGCACGUAUAUGAUACUACCUGCAACCGGCCCAGUGCAUGUGCAGGGCAUAGACGGGGUGCAGUAUGCGGCCAAUAACUCCCUGUUCGACAAUGGAUACAGGUACCCUCAUCAGGCGUGCUACUGCGCGGAGGUGCGCGACGCGGACUGCCUGCCCUCGGGCGCGCUCAACGUGUCGGCGUGUCGGUACGGCGCGCCCGCCUUCGUGUCGCAGCCGCACUUCUACAACAUGGACCCGCACUACCCUUCCAAGAUACGAGGUCUCAAACCCACCGAUGACAUGAACUUCAAGCUGUCGCUGGAGAUGUACACGGGCAUGCCGCUGCAGGUGUCGGCGCAGCUGCAGAUCAACCUGCUGGUGCGACACGUCGACGCCAUACCGUUGAACAACCAGCUGCCGGACCCCGACGUGCUGGUGCCGAUGUUCUGGUUCCGGCAGGAGGUCAUCAUGGACGACCACUUCGCGCGCCUCGCGAGGUUCGCUCUCAACUUGCGCAGCGGCAUGCCUUACGGGUUUUAUGCGCUCACGGUCGUGGGAGUAAUACUUCUGGUGGCAGGCAUCACCAUCUUAAUUCGGAAGCUGCUUCGCUCGCCCGACGAGCCCAUCCUCGAUAACCAGCGGGAAGACACGCAGUGACCAAUAGCGGCCAGGUAUUAGUCGCUCACACAUCACUUGCAAAGUGCGGGGCACUUUCUGACUGUUUGUUGAAAGUUUUUGAUUACUGGCUGAUGUUAAUUUGCGGAAACUCAUGUAUAUAUUUUUUUUAAUUAACCAAAAUUCUAAAGAAGGGAAGGCUAAAUCAACUAUGGCAAAACUUUUAGUGUUGUCAAAUGUAUCGAUAAAUAACUUUAAUUUGCCACUGUCCACGAAAACUGUUAAUUUAGUGAGGCAAGAACAAACCAGCUUAACGAAUAGCCUACGUUUUACUCUAAAAAUUGUUUUACUCGAAAAAGUGAUAUUGACUUGGUAUGACGUUGAUAUUAACGUUUCCGUAAAAACAGUAAUUUUCUUAUAUGUUAUUUUCCGCAAAAUAACAUCCGCUUCUAUAGAAUAAGUCAUCGACUAUAAAGGAAUUAUAUAAAAAUAGUUAAAUGGUGCUAUAGUCUUUUAUCUUUUGUAUAAAAUUCAAAGUAUGUGUGUACAUAUUAUAAUAAAUAAUAGACUAAGAAAAUGGCGUAAAUGAUAUUAUAAUGUUGAUUCUUUAUUUAUUGCUUGUUCAUUCCUUUGAUGGAAAUACCAUUUUUUUUCAAGAUUAAUUAAAAUAAUUGUCGGCCGAAAAUUAUAGUAAGGCCUAGCCUAUUUUAAUGGCAAACUACAACUAGGCAUCGAGGAUAUUAACAAAUGUUAAUGUUUUUUUUUUAUAUUAACACGUUUAACAUGUUUUGUAAUAUUUGUUCAAUGUUUGCGAAUGCGCACUGGCAAUAAUAGUAUAUCUAUUUAAAAUUAAUUAUUCAUAGUUUUUAAGCUUGUCGAUAAAAUUGUCGAUAUGAGCGCUGUACAACACUACGCGCUAUCACAAGAAUAGGGGCUACACGCCACUCGCGCGAUUAUGAUGUAUGGGUUAAAAAGUAGCAGCCACCAACCACAAUUAGUGUCGACCACUGGCACAAGUGGCUGUCGCGCGCUUCAGCUACUUUUGUGGCCCCUUCUUGCUUCUUGUAGCGGUGUUUGUGUCUGUCGCGUGUGGCGCGUGUGCGGCGACCCUUAGUAGUGGAAGAGCGUUUCAUAGGUUUCUUCAGUCGGGCAUUGUCAAUAGUGUAACUAGCACUGCGCUGUGCCGGCCAUAUAUUCCCACGUUUAUACAAUUUUAUUAUAAAAUAAUAAUGAAAGAUGAUAUUUUUUGUGUAUUUAUCUUCGUUUAGUUUUAUUGUAAUCUUAUAUGUGGCUUUAGAGUUGAUAUUUCGAUCUUGCAUUUCUGGUUAGAUGUAGCGAAACGUACUAUGCUUACUAUCAAACUGUUAUUGAAAUUGCUGACUACUGCGUUUAACAUUAAUAACUAUUUUGAACGAAAUCGUACAUAAGUAUCUACGAUAAAAACCCUCGUCGAUCCACCACUUGAGAUGGAUCGUUGUGAGCCUUUCGUGAGUGAAAUGAUUGACGUCACCAGUCACGUUUUCGUUCCGACCAAAACGACUGCGGUCGCCAAGUGGAACGUAGCCUAUAUUAACGCCAGUCUUGUCAUAAAGCUGGCCACAUACACUCGUUUUCCGUAUUCGGAAAACCGAAUGCAAGAAACCAUUAUAAAAUACAUGAAAUGACGCACAUAGACGUUUUUUUACGUACGUAACGAAUGCGAGCCCUUGCGACAAUAUACAUUCCGAAUGAAGAAAAAUUUAAAGUCUGCGGUAGUCUCACGGAACUCCAAAUCUUAAUUACGCAACUUUAUUUUACAAAAGCCGCAUACACUCAUACAUUUCCGUAAAACGAGUGUAUGCGACAUUCGUAAAAUAAAGUUACGUCAUUUCGCCUUGGAAUUCCGAAUUCCGUUUACGGAAAACCGUAUGUUAGUGUAUGCGGCCGGCAUUAUAGUUUGAUAGUAACAAAUGCGCUUUGCUGCCAAUCAGACAUGUGCUGAUGGUAUCUAUAGACUACAAACCCUUGAACAAAAAUUACCUGUGAAAUGUACGGCGUUUACGAGUAAAGUAUCUGUAUAUGUGUACAAAAGGAAUUACACAAAUGACCUAUAUUGUGUAUUGACCUGCAACUGUCGACAAAUUAAAAAUUUGUACUGACUUCCGGUACCACUAUUUUAGUACGGCACUAGGUUUUUCGACAUUUAUUUUUAAUCAUCUUUAACACUGUAACAAAGCCGUACAUUAAUAAUUAGUCGUAAUUUAUCUCAGACCAAUUAUUGUAUAGGACCUGCCUCGCUAGAUGUUACUUUUCUGUCAAAGUAUAUGAUCAACGAUCUAAUGCGAUUAUAAAAACUGUCUCUAUACUAUCGAUGUUAAAUAGUUGUAAUCGUGUUCGUCGGUUAAAGAGCUUAGUAAAAAUACCUUUUUUGUGUAAUUGUGUGAAAAACGGGCAAAAACUUCUAGUUUAGUAUAAGAUAUAUACCAAAUCUAAAUUCGUUUCCUUCAGAAAAUGACAGACAAUUUUGUUCGUGACUAUGAGUGCGAUACAGGUCUUUCUAUAAUUGGUCUGAGUAAUUUAUCAUUUGUACCUAAAUAAUUACAUUCACUCGCGUACUCGCCUGUACCGCUCAGAAGUGACGGCAUAGUGCUCAGAGGUAUUUUCUGAUACAGUAACAGCCUUCUAAGCGUCAUUCACGUUGGAUCAUUUAACAGGUAAAUUUUGUUCAAAGGCUUGUAGUCACUACGUUUUUCUUUCUGUGACAUAUUAUGUCAGUUAUAUUUAUCGUAACAUUCGGUCAGUUAUAGUUUUGUAUUGUUGAAACGUGUCGCGAACGAGACUAUGAACACCAAAGAAGUUUCUCACUUUCGCUUGCAUUUACACGAAACUAUUUUUUUUAUUUACUAUAAUAUAUUGUUUCAUGUAUACAAACAAGGGUAUUUGUGUCACAAAAUUAGAUUGUUCUGAAAGUUACUUUGCCUCGGAGUAAUCGAGAUUUUUUUUGUUGAUAAUUAAUUGUAGUUAUAAUCUAUACAGUGUUUAUUUGACUGAAACCAGUUAAGUUUUUGUAGGUGGAUCCGUUUGGGGUCAAUUAUUAAUAUUAAUAACGGAUAUUUCUUUCUCGUCAUUAUAUCCAGUGAUGAAUAUCGUUCAAGAUUUUAGAUUGAAUAACAAAACAAAAACUAUUAGGUGAUGAAUGUUUUAUUCCAAAUAAAUAAACACAUUUGUUUUCCUUAUUAUAAAUAAUCAAUAAUGAAAAUCUAAUUGACAUUUGCUCAGUAUAUUUUUUUUAUGUUUAGACUGAUUCCAAAUAUUUGAUCAAUUAAUAUUGUUGUUGCAAAAUAUACUCAGAGGCACAAUUAUCAGCCCACUUUAAUAUACUCGCGUCAUAUAAAAGUGGGUGGAUAAUUGUGCCCCUGAGUAUAUAUACGAAUUUGCUUAAUAUGGAUAAUGCAUUUCUUUAUUUUGUAUAUUAUCAAUCCAUCGAACUAAGAGUAUAAAAUUUAAUAAUUGGCUAGUUGCCAAUUAUUUAAAAAAGUAAAACUUUACUUUAUGUUUUUUAGUCAAGAACAUCUUAUAAUUAAUUUUAAUUGUACUUAUUAUUUUAAGGGCUCGAUGCUUGCAUUCCUAAAGAUAGGUAUAUUUUUACAAAAUAAUAAAGUUAGCUAUAGUCGGAUGCAAUCUUUAUGAUGUCUCCGACGCGGGGUGUUGCCGCCGCGCCCCUGCGUGACCGGUGAUACCUAAAAUAUAGUAUUGCGCAGCUUAACACACGAUGUUCGGAAACAUAAAUAUUGCAUCCGACUAUACCUAUAUUAAUUGGUUAUGCAUGUAGGCCUAAGAUGCCCGCUAUGAGAUAUCUCGUGUAGAGAAAAACAUGUCGACCAAUAGCAGGGCUUCUAUAAUAUUUUGAUUCAGUCACUAUUGGUCAUUAAUGUAUUUUUCUAUUCACGUCUUUGACUCACACAUAUUAGGCCUACAUAUUUGUGUGUUUUCGUGUAUUGUCUAUGAAUUAACGCAAGAUAUUAUUUUCAGACACUUUUUAAUGUGACGUCACGUGGUUUCGCUUUAUAUACAGCCCCAGACCAAUUAUAGAAGGACCUGUAUCGCACUCAUAGUCACGAACAAAAUUGUCUGUCAUUUUCUGAGGAAAACAAGCUUAGAUUUUGUAUAUAUCUUAGACUAAACUAAAAGUUUUUGCCCGUUUUUUACGUAAUUCAAUUACACAAAAAGAUAUUUUUACGGAGCUCUUUAACGGACGAACACGAUUACAACUACUUAACAUCGAUUCUAUAGAGACAGUUUUUAUAAUCGCAUUAGAUCGUUGAUCAUAUACUUUGACAGAAAAGUAACGUCUAGCGAGGCAGGUCCUAUACAAUAAUUGGUCUGAGUAUACAGCCCCUCUAGCCAUAGCUAUCGUUACGAAAAUUCAAAAAUAUCGAACAAUAUACUCGUUAAAAAUUAAUGUGACUGCUUGAAAAUAAAUGUCAUUGUCAUACAUUUUUUAGUUUUCGUAGCGUUAGCGAUUGUAGAAAGAGAAUAUAUUAUGUAGCAUGGCUAGAGCAGCUGUUAAGUACUGUAAAAUAAAAGUUAAUAGUUAAUAUAUGUUACGUACUCGUACUUAUAAAAAACAUACAACCGUAAAAAGUACAUAAAACCUCUUCUUUUUUGGAAGUCGGUUAAGAAGUGACUAAGCAAUAUACGACAGAUAUAUUUUAAAACAAAGUUUCAUAUUUUGUCACUUUUAAAAUGUAUUAAAUUAACAUGUUGUUAUACCUGUGGUAAUAAAUAUUUUACAUAUUA